AGCCUCUUUCAGGGAAGGAAGCAAGCAAAGGUGUUGCAGAAGUCCUAGGAAUCCGGCUUUUUAAACAUUUCCUCUCCUCUCUUUAGCCAGCCUUGUUUGGGGUUCUUGUUUCUGUUUUUUGCAAGGGUGCAAAGCUGGUGCAAGGAAGGAGAAUCCCCUCUCUCUGAUUUGGAAAACAUUGCUACCCAUCCUUGAUAUUUGGCUGUGGGAUCAGUCCAGAAAACAGUCUUUCCUAAUAUUUUUGGCAACAACUUCAGAGGAAGAGCUUCCUUGAAAGUGUGCAAAUUCCGCCAAAUUUGAAGGAAGGCUAGGAGGAAACAACCAGGAGAAGAAAGGAGCAACAAGGCUCCAGUUUUUGCAAUGGAGGAGCAAGACACCACACACUCUAAAGCAUGGGAAAGAACUAGCCGGGUAGCAAAAGACCUAGAAGUUGGACGUAUAGGGUGUACAGGGGAAUCCUCAAUACAGGUAUCUCCAUGCCCCAUAAAACAUGAGCCAGCGGAGGGGCGCCAGGAGCUCUGGGAAGCCCAGUGGCAGGAGUUCCUGAGGGCGCUGCAAGCUCCAGGCGUUUGGGUAUCCGCAGAGCCCGCACCUUGGGACGACGCAAAGACUUUCCUGGCCUCUUUCGAGCAAGUUGCAUCUGCUUGCCAUUGGCCUCGGGACAAAUGGGUGGCCUUCCUCCAGCCAGCCCUCAGCGGGGAGGCCGAGCAAGCCUUCAGCACCCUCAGUUCCCAAGACCAAGGGGACUACGGCAAGGUGAAGACUGCCAUCUUGGAAGGGGAAGCCAUGAUGCGGGAGAGGCAGCGCCGGCAUUUCCGGCAGCUCCGCUAUCGGGAGGCGGAGGGGCCCAGAGCGGUGUAUGGGCACCUCCGGGAGCUUUGCAGCCAGUGGCUGAAGGUUGAGAGGCACACCAAGGACGAAAUUUUGGAGCUGCUGAUCCUGGAGCAGUUCCUCAGCAUCCUGCCCAUGGCCAUGCAGAACUGGGUCAGGGAUCGGAAACCGGAGACCUGCGCCCGGGCCGUGGCUUUAGCAGAGGACUUCCUGCUGGCAUGGCGCGAGGCUGAGAGGUCGGAACAAAAGUUGUCAGUCCCGUUUCUGGAGGUGACCAUGGAUUCUUCUGAGGCAAAUCAGGUUCUGCUGCUGGAGUCUUUGAAUACACAGCUUUCCAAAGAAACACAGGAUAAAGAGGCGGGUAACAAACAGGUGCAGGAGAACGAAAUGAAUACUGUUCACCAGGAAGAUCAGGAGCAAGAGAAAAUACACGAUGACUCUCUGACAAGAGACAAGGAUCUCCAGUACUUUAAGAAGGGAAUAAUGGUUGGAAAUGAACAAGAAUUGGUGAGCGAUCAAGGGAGUAGCCGUGAGAAAAGUAUCAAGGGAGACGUUCUCCAUCCAGGAGAGAGUGACAAGGAAAGAAAGCUCAAAGAACAGCAAAACGUCCCAUACAGUGUGGCGGCCAGUACAUCUUUCCAUCAUGGAAGAAGCUUUGGGCAGGGCUCAGGCAUUACGAAUUGUCAAAACAUGCACAUUACGAAUUGUCAAAACAUGAACGCAUGCAAUGUCCUCCAGACGCAGAAUUCUAUGGCCCACGAGCCAAACCCCUAUAAGUAUUUAAACUGUGGAAAAAGCUUUGGUUCUAGGUCAGGCCUCAAAGAUCAUCAGAUACUCCACUCUGGAGAAGCCCCAUACCGAUGCUCGUACUCCGGCAGGAGCUCUGGGCGCUCUUCAGUCCUGCGGGAGCACGUCCGGAUGCACACCGGGGAGCGGCCGUGCAAGAGCCUGGACUGCGGGAAGAACUUCAACCGGAAGCGGUGCCUGACCAUCCACGAGCGUAUGCGCCGCGGGGAGAACCCCCACAAGUGCAUCCACUGCGGGAAAGGCUUCCCUAAAAGGUGCAAACUUGUGAUCCACGAGCGAAUCCACACCGGAGAGAAUCCCUUUGUUUGCUUGGUGUGCGGGAAGGGCUUCAACCAGAAGGGAAACCUCAUGACCCACAUGCGGCUGCACACCGGGGAGAAGCCCUACAAGUGUGGCUAUUGCGGGAAGGGGUUCAGUCAAAAAGCGGGCCUUAGCUCACACGAGAAAACCCACACGGGACUGAAAAGGACUAUUUAACACAGGCUGGUGGAUUUGUAUCUCACACUGGGAAAACAGUGGCUCCGGUGGCAAAGGACCCAUAGGGCUGGGCUUUAGCACAGCUCGUUAACCUCCAGCUGCAGUAAAAUCUUGAGAAUCGAAAGGUUGAUUGUUCAAAGCCUGGCUCGGGUUGAGCUCCUGACUUUCAGCCCAGCUUCUGUCUACCUAGCAGAUUAAAAACAGCAAUUGUGAGUAGAUAAAUAGGUACUGCUUUAAAAGCAGAGAGGUAUUUAAGACACCAUAAGGAAAUGCCAGCGAUUCAAUCAAGGAGGAAGUUUACGAACAAAAGCUCUUUGGCAGGGAAGAUGGAGCGACAGCACCUUCCUAUGGCUGGAAAUAAGCACAGCCUCCAAGAUGCUGAAUAUGGGAAAGCCUAUAUAUACCUCUAUGUACAGUUGUCUUAUCUUGUCAGUGUAUAAUGGCAUUGAAUGUUUGCCGUAUAUGUGUUCUGUGAUCUGCUCUGAGUCCUCUUCAGGGUGAGAAGGGCGGAAUAUAAAUACUGCAAAUAAAGAAAUAAAUCCCUGCAUAUUUGCUGGGAUUAGGGGCACAAAGCCCCCACAAACAUCAGAAAACUAUGAAUUUUAAAAA